AUGAUAGGACGGCUACUAAAUCCCGUAGAGAAUGCCACCGAGAAACCUGAGAAUCACUUCGCCGCUCUAGUCCCAGAUCAACAGUUUUUCACCAUUCCCUCUUUCACUCUCGAAUCGGGCGAAGUCCUCUACAAUGCGCCCGUUGCAUACACCACGCGGGGACAGCUUUCAGAAAAUAAAGACAAUGUCUUAGUCAUAUGUCAUGCUCUGAGCGGAAGCGCAGAUGUGGCAGACUGGUGGGGCCCCCUGCUUGGGGGACCCGGGCAAGCCUUCGAUGUCACCAGAUUCUUUGUUGUCUGCCUAAACAGCUUAGGGAGUCCGUAUGGCAGCGCCAGUCCUGUCACAAGCAAGAACGGAGACCCUUCCCUGGGAAGAUAUGGGCCAGAAUUUCCUCUCACAACAAUAAGAGACGAUGUGAAUAUUCAUAAGCUAGUGCUCGACAAGCUCGGGGUGCGACAAAUCGCCUGUGUUAUAGGUGGGUCAAUGGGCGGCAUGUUGACCUUGGAAUAUGCGUACUUUGGCAAAGAUUAUGUUCGCGCCAUUGCACCCAUUGCCACUGCUGCAACCCAUUCUGCUUGGGGCAUCAGCUGGGGUGAGGCACAACGCCAGGCCAUUUAUUCCGAUCCCAAGUAUGAUGAUGGGUACUACCCAUCUGACGACCCUCCCUCUGCCGGCCUAGGUGCAGCACGUAUGUCCGCUCUCCUGACGUAUCGUAGUCGUGAUUCAUUCGAGGCUCGAUUUGGUCGGAACGUUCCAGAUUUGUCCAAAAAGCCGGCUAUCAAUCAGGGUCAUAGAACGCCUGAAGGCCAGAACGAGCAUUGGACCAUCCAUAAUGACGGACACAAACGAGCAAAGGGCUCUCGUGACAGUCGACCCGCCUCACGAAACGGCAGAAUAUCCGAAUCUACAUCACAGCCUGAUUCCCCUAACAGGGCAGCACCCACAUCAGACUCAGACCAGCCAACCACCACUUUUCAAGACCCUCAGUUCACAGGCACGACAGAGUUCCCCAUUCCCGUUCCACCUAGCUUAUUCCGCCGAUCUUCCAGACCGGCACACUACUAUUACUCUGCACAAUCUUAUCUUCGCUACCAAGGGACUAAAUUUGUCACCCGCUUCGAUGCCAACUGCUAUAUCGCCAUCACGCGCAAGCUUGACACGCACGACGUGUCACGCAACCGCGCACCCACUGUUAAGGAGGCACUUGCGCAGAUCGAACAACCAACACUCGUGCUUGGAAUCGAAUCCGACGGUCUCUUCACAAUUGCCGAACAGCAGGAGAUCGCAGAAGCAAUUCCUGGUGCAAGACUGGGCAAGAUUGAUUCUCCAGAAGGCCACGACGCAUUCCUACUUCAGUUCGAGCAGGUCAACUCUUAUCUCCUUGGAUUCUUCAGAGAAGUGUUACCGGAUAUCAUGGAGAAGCCGGGCGUUGGUGCCGAUGAGGACAAGAAUGGCCACGUUGUGACUGAUGGGGUUGGGAAGUUGACUAAAAGCAGCACUUUUGGAGAGGCUGAGGUUGACGAUCUGACGGCCUGGUGA